GACGGCCAGUCCAGCGUGACACCCCAGCGAUGGAGGUCACGGACCACGAGCUGGAUCCGAACACCCACCAUGAGAUGGGAAAGGGCAGCGAGGACCAGGAGGCGCGAGGUACACCUCGCGGCGAGAAGCUGGACAUGCUGUUCGAAGUAGAUGACACGCCACCAUGGUACUACUGCGUGGUUCUGGGAUUUCAGCAAUACCUGACGAUGUUCGGAAGCACCGUCUCCAUCCCCCUGAUCAUCACGCCAAGCAUGUGUAUGGACGAGAGCGACCCUGCUCGGGGCUACGUGAUCGGCACUAUUCUCUUUGUUUCCGGCAUCGUCACUCUACUGCAAGUCACGUUCGGCGUCAGGCUGUCGAUCGUUCAGGGCGGCAACUUCUCCUUCUUGACGCCGACGCUGACGCUGCUGAGCCUGCCGCAGUGGAAGUGCCCCGACCCGGCGAUGCGGGCGCUGCUCUCGGAUGACGAGCGCUACGAGCUCUGGUCGUCGCGCAUGCGCGAGGUCCAGGGCGCCAUUGCAGUGUCGGCCAUCUUCCAGAUCGUGCUCUCCUUCGGCGGGGUGAUUGGCCUGCUGUUGAAGAUCAUCACGCCGCUCACCAUCGUGCCCACAAUCGCCAUGGCCGGCCUGUCCCUGUUCCAAGAGGCCAAGAAGAAGGCCGCCACCCACUGGGGUGUCUCUGUGCUGACGAUGUUGGUGGUGAUUCUGUGCAGCCAGUACCUGCGUAACGUCACGCUGCCGGUGCCGCGCUGCCGCCGAGGCGACGCCGACGGCUCCCAGCGCCGCGCCCUGCGCGUGCCCAUCUUCACACUGUUCCCGAUUUUGUUCGGCAUCGGCAUCAGCUGGGUGUUCUGCGCCAUCCUCACAGUCAGCGAGGUGUUGCCGCCCGACUCGCCGGCUCGCACUGACCUGCGCACCUCUGCGCUGUACGAGGCGGCCUGGUUCCGGCUGCCGUACCCGGGCCAGUGGGGCACGCCGACCGUGCAUGCCGGCCCCGUGUUCGGCAUGCUCGCAGGCGUGAUCGCCUCCAUCGUUGAGUCGAUCGGUGACUACUACGCCUGCGCCAAGAUAUCCGGCGCGCCGCCGCCGCCCGUGCAUGCUAUCAACCGCGGCAUCGCCAUAGAGGGGAUUGGCUGUGCGCUGGCCGGCGUCUUCGGCACUGGCAACAGCACCACCAGCUACAGCGAGAACAUCGGCGCCAUCGGAAUCACCAAGGUGGCCAGUCGGCGUGUGCUCCAGUGGGGUGCGGUGAUCAUGAUGCUGUUUGGUAUGACCGGCAAGUUCGGGGCCCUCUUCAUCACCAUGCCGGAGCCCAUUGUCGGUGGCAUGUUCAUCAUCAUGUUCUCGAUGAUCACAGCUGUCGGAUUUUCUUCUCUUCAGUUCGUCGACCUCAAUUCCUCUAGAAAUUUGUUCGUGCUCGGAUUUUCUAUAUUUUUCGCAUUGGUUCUGCCCACCUACAUGUCGGAGCACAAGGACGCCGUACGGACGGGCAGCGACACAUUCGACCAGAUCCUGUAUGUGCUGCUCAGCACCAGCAUGUUCGUGGGCGGCUUUCUCGGCUGCGUGCUGGACAACACGAUCCCGGAUAGCGCCGCCCAUCGUGGGCUGGAGUGA